AUGUCUUCAGCCGAACGAUCAUCUUUGAACAACGAGAAAUUGCGGAAAUCGAUUAUUGAUCGUAAAUUGCGCAAAUUCGCGAGUGAGACAAGUUUUGCUGCCACCGAAACCGCAUCCGAAAGCUCAUUGGAAAGAGAUGAGAAAAAGGAAAAGAAUCCGAUUCGGACAAGGGUUUUCACUGUGAAGCCAGUGCCCAAAUUGAAUGGUGUCGGGAAAAGACAAAGACACGAUUCCGAAGCAAGCAACUCGAAUGGCAGCGAAGCAACGGUGGCUAGUGGUGCAGGGACACCGAUGGCAAGGAAAGCACACUUUCGAAGACCGAAAAGUGCAAGUGAAAUGAAUACCUCAUUCACAUCGGCAACUAUUCAUUCAUUGGAAAGUCAAGGACUAUUGCCGGUACAGCAUGGAGACGAAAGACGACCGAGUAACGUUUAUGUUUUGGAUGAUGAUUCGAUUCACGAAUUCGAUGACGAUCAAAAUGACGAAUACGACAAUGUGACGCUGAUGUACGCAAAACACGAGAAAAUCCCGAUGAAAGAUUUGUGGUUCGAGAUUCGAGCAACCAUGGAUAUUGAUCAUUUGCUGAACAAAGCUGUACUUCUUUUUGGAUCUUCAAGAAACGAGUCUCGAGGAGAUUUUCGCAAAAAUCAUUCACGAGAUGGACAUUCAAGAGCUGGAGUUCACGUCGGAACAAGUACGAAGUGUACUCUACACAAGAUGCCGGAAAUCAAUUUCACAUUUUGUCGAGAACUGUGCAAAGCAUUUGUACAACUGGCACAACGGUGGGCGGAUCUUUUGAUUAUGAUCAAACAUGGAUUUGUGCCUUAUGCAUGU